UAACACAUGGAGACGAGAUUCUGCGUGCGGAAGAGAAAGAUCGAAAGAUCAGGGAGAGCGAGCGAGAUGGCGGACCCGCUGCUUCAAGGCUUUGAUCCAUCGGAGCUCGAGAUCGCUGGCGAAUUCCUCAGCAAUUGGCUUCCCUUCCUCACCCGCGAUCUAUGCCCCUCCUGCUCCUCGGUUCUCCGCGAUCGCAUCCACUCCCUCCGCCCUGUCUCUGCCGCCGAAGGGGCUACAAACGCUACCUGGCCAGUGCAAGGUCCUGAUCUAGUCCCUGACUCGGAUCACAUCGAGCCCACUGGUUGGGACCCCGAACCGCCGGCGGAAUCCUCAAAGGCGAGAGUUUCAUGGGCCGACAUGGCCCAGGAGGACGAGCUGGGAGACGCGGAGGAGGCGGAGGUGAAGGCGAAGAGUGCUGAGGAGGAUGAGAAGAAGAAGAAGCCGGGGUUAUCGAGGGAGCAGAGGGAGUUAAUUCGAUUCAGGAAUGUUGGUAGGAAUACGGAGUUCAUCUGCCUGGAGAGGGUCAAGGGAAAGAUUGUUAAUAUCGCCGAGGGCUUGGAGCUUCACACUGGAAUUUUCAGUGCUGCGGAGCAGAAGCGGAUUGUAGAUUUCAUCUAUGAACUACAGAAAAAAGGCAGGAAUUCUGAGCUCGGAGAGCGUACAUAUACUGAGCCACAGAAAUGGAUGCGAGGGAAAGGACGGGUGACCAUACAAUUUGGGUGCUGUUACAACUACGCCAUGGAUAGGGAAGGGAAUCCACCCGGCAUCCUUAAGCACGUGGUUCCUGAUUCUGUUCCUCCACUUUUUAAGGUGAUCAUAAAGAGGCUGGUUAGUUGGCAUGUGCUACCCACAUCCUGUGUUCCGGACAGUUGCAUCGUCAAUAUAUAUGAACCUGGAGACUGUAUCCCACCUCAUAUUGAUAGUCAUGAUUUUGUUCGUCCCUUUUGUACUGUAUCAUUUCUUAGUGAGUGCAAUAUACUCUUUGGAUCGGGCCUAAAGGUUGAAGGACCUGGAGAAUUUAGUGGUUCAUUUGCUAUUCCUUUACCUGUCGGGUCAGUGCUUGUGUUGAAUGGUAAUGGGGCAGAUAUUGCAAAACAUUGUGUACCUGCAGUUCCCACGAAAAGGAUAUCCAUUACAUUCAGAAAAAUGGAUGGGAGCAAGUGGCCCCUGGCGUUUACUCCUGAACCUGACUUGCAGAACAUCCAGCCACUGGUUGAUGAUAUGUUCAAAAAAGGACCACCUAACCAAGAUGAGAAGUCGAGGUUUUUUUCCGGGACAAAAACAAAAAGGAAUUGGAAGAAAUCAGUCAAUACAUUCGUUGGUGUAGAGCCUGGAGCUGACCACCCUGAGAGUGGAACCCUUCUUCAUGAUCAAGACAGACAUUCAAAAAGAUCACCAUCACCAAAUCAAAUAACUGUUGGGAAGUCUUCCAUUGAUAGCCAUGGCUUGCAAAGAGGAAGUGAAUCUUCUGGAAAAUCGUUUGAGCAAAAGCGGAGGCCAAAUUUUCGAGGCAUCCAACAUCUUCUGGAUCAAGCAGGGAAUCAGAUGAAGAGAUCACCACGCACAAGUAGUCAAGUUUGGACAGAGGAAGAGAAUAACAGUUUGUAUGGCAGUGCUCGUUCUCAUGUGGGGCGAGUGAGGAUGGAGCAGAAGAAUAAUGUGACAAGUCACAGCAGGCAUGGUGAAGAUGGACCUGCAACUGUUAUGGCUGAAGCUUCUGAGCCAUUUCAUCCUUCCGGUCUCCGUAUAGAAGCCUUAGACAAUGGAAGAAGAAAGGUGAGGGUUAGCUUGUCAGAUGAAGGAAAUAGAGCAGCAACUCAUGCAGCAGAGGAUCAUAGUUGAGCAUUGAAUUCUUUUUAUAAACUAGGCCAGUGCAAGCUGAAUCGAGGACCUUACUUCUUUUCUAUUUGUGCUUCAUUUCAUGAGGAAUAUGGUUGUUGCUGCUGCUACAAAACACAACAAGCUCAACAGCGCAGCUGAAAGCAGUCUGCUACUGUUUCCGUUGAAGUUCAGCUUCUUUUAUAUACCUAUUGCAAAUGAUCAGAAUGAGAUAGUAAUUUAGUUAGGUUUGAGUUGGAUUCAGAAAAUUGGGUGUUUCCUUUAGAUUAAUAUAUUUGUAAUAUUUAUUUGUUUAUCUUCGUCCUUAAAAACCCCUAUAGAAAAUUUUUCAGGUAUAUGGAAAGGAAGAAGGCUGUUGUUGGGUCUAUUCUUUAUGCUGA